CGCCCUAAUGAUCUCCGGAAUCUUUCUGGUGCAUGGCAAGGAGUUUAUAAGCUGGUGGUCGAGGGGUUUUUUUUUUACACAUUCCCAGUGCUGGACAGCCGCUCUGUUGGGAGAGGAAGGACCAUGCUUCGAACAGUCCUCACUUGCUACGUGUUGCUGAAGCUCCUGCAAGUCCCCUGGGCUCUGCCUGUCCGUUCCGAAAGGCUCCCCUUCUCGCCCGAGGAUGAGGAGCUGCUCUACAAAUUUCUGAGCGGGAGCCUUGAGAUGGAGUUGAGCGAAGACCCCUUGGAGGGCGGCGGCGGCAGCAGCAGCAAGCGAACGGGCAGGAGUGAGACCAUCAUGGGAGUGAGGCACGCACAUUGUUCCAGGCCGAGCGAGAGCUGGUCAACAGUCUCCGGCGGUUCUGCCUUGUUGGCCCAGAGUGUCUUGUACCGAGUGACUAUCACCACCGCCUCUGCCGAACCGCCCUGGAAAGUCUUCCCACUUUGGCAUCUUAUGAUGUUCAUGAAGCGUUUCUACAGCUGUUGCAAACUGGGAUACACAUGCAAAAGAAUAAAAGGCUACCAAGGGCGUUUAAUUGGGCAUAAUGAAAGGAAGAUGGAGUUUUUCCUGAGACCGGAGUAUUUGAAUCUGAAUGUCCUGAGAUCACAGCUAAACUUGCACAUUGCCAACCCAGAUAGACUGGUGCUGGAGGCAGAGAUCAGGGUGAAAAUGCAAAGCACCACUGUUGCCAAAACCACACGAAACAUCACUUGGCACAAAUAUGGUGAAUCCGAGCUGGCCUUCGACACGUUGUUCCUGUUCAAGAUGAUGAAGGAGGCGCAUUUUAAGGAGGGUGGUGGGACCACGGAGUUAUCCCUGAUACUGAAAUGCUUUCAGGGCAGUAACCCACUGUCGUGCAGUGAGCACGGGGUCAGUGUAUUGCGUGCACCUUUCAUGGCCAUUGGUUACAUUUAGAACACACCACAUUUUUAGGGAGGGACAUACACCGUCAGGGCCCCCUCACCAGCCGACUAACUGAAUGAAUGUGCAGGGCAGCUGAGGUGUGCUGGAGUA